UUUACCCUCCCCCCACCCCACUUCCAAGCGCCACCGCACUACGGGCGCUUCACUCGGGGUUCCAGGAGACCAGCCGUUUGGCUGCCUCCUCUGAUUCCCAGAGCUCUAGUGUAAGCCUGCCGGCGCCCGGGACUUCCCGCGUGCAUAUGCGAGUACCCGGCCGCUGGAUCCGCUCACACACGUGGCCGCCUCGCCGCAGCCGGCUUCCCUCAGACCCACGUGCACCCGACCGACUGGAGGAGGGUGCGCCCGUUCACUGGCUUCCCCCCCUCACACAGUGCUCAGGGAACGAG